AUGUACAAGAAGGAAUUUAAACAUCACUGGACAGAACUCAGAGGAACCACACUUUUCUUCUAUAACGAUAAGAAAACCACAAUGUAUUUUGAAAAACUAGAUCUAAUGAAUUUGACUUCAGUAACUAACAUUAGUCCAGAAAACAGAUGUUAUGCCCAAUUCAUCUUGAUGCUGCCAAAUGAGGAAAUAGAGAUGAAGGUAGAAGACUAUGAAAAUGGGGAGGAGUGGAAAGGCUAUAUUCUCACAGCCACAAAGUUGUCAGUCCCAGUGUGCAUGUCAUUGCUACCUGGCCAACAAACUAGGAUGAAUGAAGUACUGGAGAAAGAAAAGAAAAGAAGGGCAGCAAGUGAACAGUUACCUAGUGCAUCUCUAAGCAACGAGAAACCACAUGAUGGAAACUAUACUAACAUGAUGAACUCUAUACCUGGGUGUUACUAUGAAGUGUCCCGGCAAGAAGCCAUUGAAUUAUUAGAGAAGAAUCCUUCUUUGGGGAAUUUGAUCCUGAGGCCUGGUAGUGACAGCAAGAAUUACUCAAUCUCCAUCAGAUAUUUAGCAGAGGUUCCAUGCAUCAAGCACUACAAAGUGGUGAAGCUGGAAACAGGUUACAAAAUUCAACUGGAAAGACCGGUGAUGUUCCAGAACCUGCACGAUGUCAUUGACUACUUUGUCAAGGAAACGCGAUGGAACCUGAAGCCAUUUGUCAUGCACACUUAUGACAACAAAUCAGAAGCACUAGCUUCAAAGUACACUCCAACAGCGAGGUACCGUAAGGGAGCAGAGAAUAUGCAUAUAAGCCCUGAUCUUGUGAAAUUCACAGAACCACUUUAAAGCAUCUUGGAUUUACUGCAGGAAUAUCCAGCUCUG